AGACACUCUUUGGGGAGAGAGAGAGAGGGAGAGAGGGGGAAGGAGGGGGUGAGAAAGAAGAGAGAAGAAAAUCACAGCUUGUUGAUGAAUCCUCAAGGUGGAAAAGCCUUUGGAAUCCUGAAAGCACAACAGGAUGACCGGCUGGAGGGAAUCAAUAAGGAAUUCCUGGACAGCCCGAAGUACAAAAGCGACCCAGAUUUGGAAGAUAAGCUCCGAGCUUUCAAAGAGAAAUACAUGGAGUUUGACCUCAACGCUGAUGGAGAUAUUGAUAUCAUGGGCUUGAAGAGGAUGCUGGAGAAGAUGGGGGCGGCCAAGACCCACCUGGAGUUAAAGAAGAUGAUAAAAGAAGUGGUGGGCGAGAUGGGCGAGACCAUCUCCUACCGAGAUUUCGUGAUGAUGAUGCUGGGGAAACGGUCAGCGAUUGCCCAAAUAAUAAUGAUGUACGAAGACAAGACAAAGGAACCAGAGAAACCCACAGGACCCCCGACAAAGAAAACCUUCAGCGACCUUCCGUGACCCAGUAGUGAUCGUCCGAAACCCAAGUCCGCUCGCCCCGUCCCCAAAGCCGCUGGCGUCGAGCUCGGUAACGUCCCCUGCCCCCGGUCGACCUUGUCUCACCCUCCAAUCAUCCCGAGCACCGUGGAGAGCGCGCAAAAACCCGCGGGUAAUCUGUAACCAAUCAGACGGAUCUCUUACUUUGUUGUUUAUUAAAACUCGUGGUCAUGUUUGCCUGA